AUGUCGUUGAGCUUGAGGGUGCAGCGGAAGGCGGUAGAGCCGGUGAGGCCGGCGGGGCCGACACCGCGGGAGCUGAAGCGGCUCUCGGACAUUGACGACCAGGACGGUCUACGGUUCCACAACCCCAUCAUCCAGUUUUACAGCCGUGACGCGUCCAUGAGCAGCAGGGACCCCGUAGUGGUGGUCCGGGACGCCGUGGCCAAGGCGCUCGUGCACUACUACCCGUUUGCCGGCCGUCUAAGGGAGCUCGAGGGUCGCAAGCUUGCUGUUGACUACACCGGUGAGGGUGUGCUGUUCAUCGAGGCCAAUGCUGACGUGCGUCUGGAGCACUUUGGUGACGCCUUGCAGCCGCCCUUCCCAGGCCUUGAGGAGCUCAUCUUCGAUGUCCCUGGCUCAUCGGAAGGCCUCGGCACCCCACUUCUACUCUUUCAGGUGACACGGCUAGCGUGCGGAGGCUUCAUCCUAGAGGUGCGGAUGAUGCAUACGAUGGCGGACGCGCCGGGGAUGGUGCAGUUCCCCGCUGCC